AUGCUUGCCAUGUCAAGUUACACAUGGCCAUUUUGGUUGACAUUUUGUUGUUGGUAUUGUGUGGCAUUAACUGGAGGUAAAAUAUCGUUUUUAGUCGAUCCAUCAAGCUCAGGAGGAGAUGUAUCAUCGAAACUCAAAGUUCUACUUUGUAUGGAUGAGAUGAAAAAUCAAGAUGAGACUGAUAUUGACUGUGGUGGUAUUUCGUGUCCUAAAUGUGAAGGUAUGAGGAGUUGUAAAGUUAAUUGUGAUUGUAUCAGUGGCAUUUGCAAAGACAACAUGUGUGCUCCUUCUGCUUCAUGUCAAGACAAAGUACGAAAUCAAGAUGAGACUGAUAUUGAUUGUGGUGGUAGUAAAUGUCAAAAAUGUGAAGAUUCAAAGAUUUGUAAAGAUAACUGUGAUUGCGCUAGUGGCAUUUGUACCAGCAAUAAAAUUUGUGUUUUUGGUGGUUUUUCAAUUAUAGCUACAACUUCUACAACAGCAGCUACAACUUCCACAACAGCAGCUACAACUACAACUACAGCCUAUAACGGCGCCAAUGCAUAUACUUGGGGUUUCCAAAUCCAAAAGAAUGGUAACCUUGCUUUUAAUGAUACAGGAGGACAAGUAGGUGUUAUCGGUGUAAAUAAUAAUGAUGGUUCAAAAACGAAUCAAUAUGUUUACAAUAAGACGGUUGCUGUCAACGUUAAGAAAUGUACAUCCAAACCUAAAGUCACUUGUGUUCCUGAGUGUAAAAAUAAUGGAACAUGUGUUAGCCAAAAUAAUUGCUCAUGUCCAAGUGAUUACACUGGUCCAACUUGUGAAAUUCAAUCCAUUGGAUUAUGUCGUGACAAUGAAAUACUUGACAAAAAACCCAUUCUAUUGGUUACAUUUGGAAAUGGUUUAUCUAAAUAUUCUCAAGUUACACCUGAUCGUUUCAAUUUCACUACAACAUAUAAGCAACAAUUUCAACCUACAACAUACGACGGCUCAUUCAGUUUUAUCAAUAGAGUCCCUAAUGAUUUCAACAAUGAUUGGCAUACUGAUGCAACAGAUCAUACAGGUGAUCCAGGUGGAUACAUGUUUUUAAUUAAUGCUGAUGAACAACCUGGUCAGUUUUAUAAUGGUGCAGUCAAUAAUCUAUGUAUUGGUCUACGUUAUGAAUUUUCUGUCUACUUGGCGAAUAUUAUGAAACUAACUGGUAGAAUUAAACCAAGUGUUCGAUUUGAAGUUCGAAGUCCAUCACUUGGAAAUCGAUUACUUGCUCAAUUAUCCUCAGGAGACGUACCAGAGGAUACAACUUUGACGUGGAGAAAGUAUGGACUUUCAUUCAUAGCGCCAAGCAGUACAGUUGUUCUCUUAAUGAUAUCCGAUGCUCCUGGUGGUGGUGGAAAUGAUCUAGCCAUUGAUGAUAUUGCAUUGACUGUUUGUUCACACAAAGGCAGUGGUUUCUGUCCUUCAUAA